AAAAAGGAAGAAGACUUCACAGUAAUAUUGAUAUGUAGGUUAUUAUUUUUUUUUUUAACUUUUACUUGUUAUACAGUCUGUGAGCUUACUACUUGGUACCUUGAUCUAAUGCUGCUGGUGGAGAGCUGAGAGGUGUUUUUCCAUCAUGAAGGCUGUAGCCGACUUCCUCAGCAUAUUUCACAUUGAGGCCAGUGGCUGGUCUGUUACAUUCAGCCUCUUCCUCAUCUUUCUAGGUCUUCUCUACUGGUAUUCAAUUUAUCCGUUUUCAGUUCUUUCUCGAUGCGGCAUCAAACAUCCAAAGCCAGUACCUUUCUAUGGCAACAUAUUCAUGUUUCGCGAGGGUUUUUUCAACCCCAUCAAUGAUCUCAUAAGGACACAUGGCAGAGUUUGUGGGUACUAUUUGGGGCGCAGACCGGUGGUGGUGGUAGCAGACCCUGACAUGCUCAGACAAGUGAUGGUCAGAGACUUCAGCAGUUUCCCAAACAGAAUGACUGUUCGCUUUGCCACCAAGCCCAUGACUGACUGUCUGCUCAUGCUGAGGAAUGAACGCUGGAAGAGAGUGCGGAGCAUCCUGACCCCCUCCUUCAGUGCGGCCAAGAUGAAAGAGAUGGUUCCACUCAUCAACACAGCCAUCAGUGCCCUGAUGAACAACUUAAACGUGUACGCUGAGUCUGGAGAGGCCUUUGACAUCCACAGAUGUUUCGGCUGCUUCACCAUGGAUGUUAUCGCCAGUGUGGCAUUUGCAACUCAGGUGGACUCUCAGAACAACCCAGAUGACCCGUUUGUCCGCCACGCUCAGAUGUUCUUCUCCUUUUCUUUCUUCAGGCCCAUCAUGCUGUUGUUCAUUGCUUUUCCUUUCAUCAUGGCUCCACUGGCGGGACUCAUCCCCAACAAAAGACGUGACCAGAUGAAUCAGUUCUUCAUCAACAGCAUUCAGAAGAUUAUCAAGCAGAGAGAGGAGCAGCCUCCUGAACAGAGGCGCCGAGAUUUCCUUCAGCUGAUGUUGGACGCUCGCACCAGCAAGGAGUCUGUGUCUUUGGAACAGUUUGAUACAGCGAACCACACUGAUGAGCUCGAUCUCAGGAACCAGCAAACACAGCCGUCGACCUCGGAUCAGGACAGUGACCGACUUCACCCACAGGAGCCGCACGCCAGGCGUCCUCAGAAAAAGAUGAUGACUGAGGAUGAGAUCGUGGGUCAGGCUUUUGUCUUCCUCCUUGCAGGCUACGAAACCAGCAGCAACACAUUGGCUUUCACCUGCUACCUCCUGGCCCUCAACCCUGAAUGUCAGCACAAAGUACAGGAAGAGGUGGAUGAGUUCUUUACUAGAUAUGAGUCACCAAAUUACACAAAUGUUCAGGAGCUGAAGUACUUGGACAUGGUUAUUUGUGAAGCAUUGCGCCUCUACCCUCCUGGAUUCAGGUUUGCACGAGACAUCGACAGUGACUGUGUGGUGAAUGGCCAGUUCCUGCCUAAAGGAGCGACGCUGGAAAUCCCAGCAGGCUUCCUCCAUUACGACCCAGAGCACUGGCCAGAGCCUGAGAAGUUCAUCCCUGAGAGAUUCACACCAGAGGCCAAGGCCAGUAGACAUCCAUUUGUAUACCUGCCGUUUGGGGCCGGUCCCCGUAACUGUGUGGGAAUGAGGCUCGCUCAGCUGGAGAUCAGAAUGGCUUUAGUUCGGCUGUUUCAGAAGUACAGCAUUGUGGCCUGCUCUGAGACAAAGGUUCCUCUCGAGCUGAAGUCAUCAAGCACUUUAGGACCUAAAAAUGGCAUAUUUGUGAAAAUCACAAGAAGAGACAUGGGUGGAGGUCAACUGAAUUCUCCACCAGAUGAUUAGAAACUCACCGUUCAUCUUCUUGGAUGGUAGAAAAAAAUUCAGUGAAGUUACAAACCAUCCUGUAGGUCCAAGUUGUGACAAUGACACACCGUGUCAGCGUGUCACUUUAAAGUGUGUGAGCAAUUUUCUAAAUCUGUAAUUUACCUUUACAUCAGAAUGUUUCCAUAAUUACUUUAACAUUAUAAAGUAAAUUACAAGUUACAGUGCCCUCUAUACCUGGAUUAUUUUGCUCAUCUGGUGCCUUUCUCUUUUCUUGAGGAGUGAUCUGGAAAGUGGACUGAGCAUGAGUAUCACUACGCUGUAAUGAUAAAUGACAUUUUCACAAAAGUGCAGUUGAUCUGAUCAGGCACUGUGGAGGACACGGUUGAGGUCCCUCUGAACUCUACUACUGAUGGCUUCAUCACUUAUUAUAGUGAUGAAAAAAUAAGUGUGACAGAGGGAGCUGGAGGUCAUGUGAAUAACGACAGAGGAGUGAACAAAGGAAGAGUUGUGGUCCACUAAAAGAGAGCAACUCUGCCUCUUACCUCAGUAUAAAGGAAUAAUGAAUUAUGUUUUGCUGCUUUGAUUUUGAACAGGCUACAACAUCACUGUCAUAAAUGGUCAUUUAGGUCAAACCAUUCAUCUGAACAGUAGUUUUUAUUUCAUCAUGAGCAGGUGAUAACAGGUUUGCACUGUAGCGUUAGGAUUAUUUUUAAUCAGUUUAUAGACACAUUUUAUAGUUUUUCAGAAAUGCUGCAUGCAGGGAGCAGUUCGUUUGCUGAUUCAAAAAUCACUUUGGAAGUCCUUACAUUUAUUACUGUCAUAUUUCUAUAAUUUAAUUUACUCAGUUGAAAGCUGCUAUUUUAGAGUGAAACAAUUUCUCAUAUUAUGUUUCUAGGUGUUAUCGCUUUUCCGUGGGAGUGAUUCUGAGUUCAUGAUUUCUAAAUGCUGCCUUGAGUUAAUUUUGGUCUUGACUGUAUGCAAUGAGAGAUUUACUGACGCUGAACUUGAAUGUUUCUGUUAAACAGUGUGCAUAUUUCUGCAACAGGGAUCAA